UUAAGGUGAUAGAUGAACCACCCUUUUUCCAACAACAGCCUGGGUGGCAAGGAAGUGAGUUUUAUAUUUCUGUCAGUCUUUGAAGGCUGCAUCAGUAAGUGGCUUGAUUAGCAUAGCUUUGCUUAAACAAAGUUGUGCUCUGUCUGGUGGUGCUCAAACGGCAUCACUGCCAGUGCCAGAUGGCAUUAAUAAUAGACGUUUAAGUUGGUAAUUAGAUUACUUUAAACUCUUCAUAUCCCUCCUGUCCAGCAGUCGGCAGCAGUGAGCCGUAGAAGAAGAGGCAGUGGAGCCGCGGUGCAUUGUGGUAGAUGAAAUGAACAACAAUGGCGGUGAGUGGGCAGCCUCCUCUCCUCCUCACAGUGACAUGUCUGUGUUUGUGUCUCCUCCUGCAGAGCUGCUGGACUCAGGCAGAGGAGCUGCAGUGGGAUGAAAGCGGAUACGUGCUGUACUGUCCCUGCAUGGGUAAAUAACUCCAAAUUGACCGAAUAUGGCACAAAUAUUCACUCUUUGAAAAGUCUGGAGAGAGUUUCAGAGCGAUAUAGAAACACAGAUCUGAGUUGAUCUGUGCUCUACAGGGUUUGAGAUGGACACCGUUUUAUUUAAUACACUACAUGAUGAAACAAUUGUAACAUCUAGUUAUCAGAAACAGAAAGAAGGAAUAAACCAAAAGAAUUAAAUGAUAAUGUCAUUUCAAAUCUCUGUAUUGACUUAAACUCAGCCCUAAAAACAUAGUACAUCAUUGCAUCCACAAAUGAAGGAACACUGGAUUAUCUGAUACAGGCCAGCAGAGAGUCUGAUCCGGAUUGUUGGAAACUUUGUGGAUCUGAGGAAGUAAGCCAGAGGGAUAUAUUCAGAAUGGGCAGAGGUCCACAGAGCAUUAAAAAGUGUAUUUUAGACAAAGCUGCCUCAGCAGUGUUUUUAAGAGAUUCAGAUUUACUACCAAGACCAGCUGACAAAUAUACAUGUGGUGUUUUAAUCUCUGCUUGUAAGAAAGCCAGUGGGAGACAUCUGUUGCUUCCUGAACCCCACACAGCACAAGAGUGGAUUAAUGUAGUAAAUAAUAUUUUUGUUAUAGAAGGGUGAUGCUUUGUCUUUGUCUUCAGAAAGAUGUGUUUAGUCAGUUUACUAACAUGUAAAAUCAUCACAGAUCGAUUAUUUGGAAAUUACAGGUCAGAGGUCCUGUGAUAUUGUCCUCUCUAGGCAAAUCUCUGUCACUUUUUACUUCACUCUCUGUCUUUUAUUUCUCUGUGAUGCUUCUGGUCACUCAGAUUUUUACACAUCAUUUCUCUGAGAUUAAUAAUUCAUUGUAAUUCAGGACUGCAGAGGAAUAAAACUCCUAUUUCUCUAUCUCAGUACUCUGUAUUACCAGCCUCUGUCCAUUUAUAGGGUUCAUUUUAUUUAGAUAAGCGGGUCUGUAAAAACUUUAUUUUAUGUAUGAAAAUUUUAAAAUGUGCAAUUUCUCAGCUUUUUUACCUCUAAACCACAUUAGACCAGGUACUGAUCCAAAACAACGUCUAGACUUAUGAAAUGUGACCUUGAUCAGCCCAGAGGGAUAAAUUUAUGAAGUUCAUGUUUGAAUAGGAGUUUAAAAAGGUCAUUUUCUAACUCUCCAGGUCGCUUUGGGAACCAGGCAGACCACUUCCUAGGAUCUCUGGCCUUUGCUAAGAUGUUGAACCGGACCCUGGCCGUCCCUCCAUGGAUCGUGUACCGACACCACACGCCCCCGUACACCAACGUGAGUAAACAGAGAGGAAGAAAGAGGAAGUUUCAGAGUCUCCACCUGGAAUAAAGUGUAAAGUGUCAUAAUUCCCAACAAUAGAUGAGGAGCAAAGAAACAAACAGUGCUCACAGAGAUUAGACCCCCACAAAAGCCAUUACAUUAACUGACAUUAACUGUCCUCUCUUGUCUCACUCAGGUCCACGUCCCCUACAAAGAGUUCUUCCAGCUGGAGCCUCUGUCUGCAUAUCACCGUGUGGUCAGUCUUGAGGACUUCAUGGAGAAGCUGGCUCCCAAACACUGGCCUCUAGGACAGAGGAAAGCGUACUGCUUUGAGACUGCAGCUCAGAGGAGUGCGGACAAGAAGUCCUGUCCUAUGAAGGUGAUGAUGGACAGCAGGACAUUAUUUUACUGACUAAUGGUUGAAUGUUCAUAGUGGGAAGGAACCUGGAGGGUGAUUUUUCAGUGAUUCGUUGUCUGUUUGUUUUAAUGACUGCGAUUGUUAAUGAAACACUGUAAAGGUGAAAUACUGCCCCCUGCUGGUUAGUACACCUCUAACAGACCGUUGUUACUGCAUUAGUGUCCUGACUGACUGGUGUUUCUGAUUGUUUUCCAGGAUGGAAACCCAUUUGGUCCGUUCUGGGAUUAUGUGGGCGUGGACUUUGAUGGGUCGGUGUUGUUUGGUGGGAUUUCUUUCAGUGCAUAUCAUCAGCCUCAGUGGAUGAAGAAGUAAGUGAGACGUCUGCCCCCCCCAUUAUAACGUUGUAGAUUUAUAAAGUCUUAGAUCCCUCUCCUCUGCAGUAAUAUUCAGAUCCUCUUCCUCCCUCUUGUCGAGCAGAUUCCCUCCAGCUGAGCAUCCUGUGCUGGCCAUGCCGGGGGCGCCGGCUCAGUUCCCAGUGACGGAGGAGCAUACAGCUCUGCAGCGGUAUGUGGUGUGGUCAGAGAAGAUGGUGACUGAGGGAGAGGAGAUCAUCUCUAACCUGCUGAUCAGACCGUACGUCAGCAUCCACCUGAGGAUCGGCAUUGACUGGGUGAGGCGAUUCACGGCACAAGGGCAUAGAGAGACUGUCUGAUAGUUUCAGUGUUCAUCACUCAGACCUCGGCCUGUCUGUCUGCAGAUUAUCUGACCGUAUAAAGGUGGUCCAUGAAGGAGAGAUCUGCAUUAAUCUAUGAAAAAUAUCAAUUUACUCAAACCUGUUUGUUUAACUUCUCGUGGUUAAAAGAUUUAUUUGUAGGUAAAUCUGUUAGACUUCUGACCACACACUCAGUGUCAACAUAAAACUACAUCCCUCUAGAGGUCAGGGCUGAUGAUUUUUCUCCCUGUUUUCUUUUUUUAAUAUCUUUUCAUGAAUAAACACCAGCUAAUAUUACAUUGGUUUGUCUUUGGUAUUUAUAAUCCUGUUUGCUCCUCCGUCACAGACUUAGCUGCAGCAUUGUGUUCAGAGGUUCAAACUCUGUUGGGAUGUUUGAUGUAAGUUUGCUCUGUCAUCACAUGAUCACAUCUAUAUUUUCAUCUUCUCUGCUUUCAGCAAAAUGCCUGUAAAAUGUUGAAGGACGGCGACACCGGUCCUCACUUCAUGGCGUCUCCUCAGUGCGUUGGUUAUAACCGUCAGACCGCCCUGCCCCUCACCAUGAACAUGUGCCUCCCUGACCUGACAGAGAUCCGCAGAGCCGUGAAGCUGUGGGUAAAGAAGAGCUCCGCCCGCUCAGUCUACAUCGCCACCGACUCUGAGUCUCACAGCAGAGACAUUGAGAAGCUCUUCAAGGGAAAGGUGAGUUUGGAGGUCCCUGAGGAGCAUUCAGGAGCGUGACACAGAUGACAGCUCUUUACACUCAGUCUCACCUCUGUCCAUCUCUCUCUUUAUCUGUCUCCCUCUCUCUCCUCUCUAAACCCAGUUCAGUCUCAGUAGAUGAUUGUCUAACAUGCUUCUGGUUCUGCUAGGGGUUUCUGCCUGUUAAAUGAGAAAUUUCCUCUCAAUGAUUCAUGACAGUUCGAGUUUUUGAUUAUUUCAUACAUUUCCUCCUGGCUCCUCAGGUAAAGGUGGUGACUCUCCAGCCGGACUCUGCUCAGAUGGACCUGUAUAUCUUGGGACAAGCUGACCACUUCAUCGGGAACUGCGUGUCCUCGUUUACCGCUUUCGUGAAAAGACAGCGGGACGUUCACGGUCUGUCGUCCUCCUUCUUCGGCAUGGACAAGCCUGGGAAAGUAAAUCCUAAAGAAGAGCUGUGAGAGCAGGGGUCACAUGAUUGUCCUCUGAGCACUAAAUCUGCUGGAUGAUGGACGUGUUAUGUGUGGCAGACUUUACUCCAUGAGGAAGCAGGAGGGGCUGAUGUGACAGGAUGUAGUCAGUCUGUAGUGAAAUAUACUUGAAAUGUAUUAAGGGGACACGCUGCUGCCGUAAUCACUGUUUUUCUCUCUGCACAGGAACAUGUUCUCUCGCUCUUUACUGUUUACUUCACUGACAGCAGACUAUAUCUUUGUGUAUGAGAAACCCUCAGUGCUCCUGAUGUUUCCUCUCUCUGCUGCUGCUGCUGUUCUCUGUAUCUGUCAGUGGGUCUGCGGUGCCCUCAGUGAACCCUGAAAACCGUGAUCAUGUUCUCCCCCCCUCUUCCUGUCCUCUUUCUCCCCUCUCCUCUAUGUCUCGCUCUCCUCUCUGCCCUCGAUCCAGGCUGAACACAAUAACUGAUCUUCCUGAGGGCUAACUAUAGUGAGCAGAGAGACAUUCUUUCUACAGGGACCAAAAACUGAUCAGAAAUGUUGGAUCCUGUACUGACUGUGUGCUGGAGGGAAUUCAGUGAAGGUGAUAAAUGUAUCAGGGAUGUUUGGAGCAGACAGGAGCUAAUUUGCACUGGUUGAAGUGACGUAUGUGGGGAUGUGAAAGCAUUGAUUGUGCAGUUUUCUAAGAUGUUUUUCACCAAUAAAGAGAUGCACAGUGAUUUCUACAGAGCCAGCAGCAGCC